UAAAGGCGACAUCAUGGACCCAGCUCGGUUUGAAGGCUCAGAGGACACAGACGCGGCUGUAUCGUUUACAUAACCAGCAAGAUGCCUCUGGGAAACGUGCUGAUAAGCCUUAUACGCCGUCCAUUCCGCAUAUUUGUGCAGUCAGACUGAGUCUGGAGCCCGAGGCACCUGCUGGUUGGGUGCUUCAGCGGUCAUCUCAGUGAUGGGGAAGUAUUUCUUCAACGAGACGGACAUCAGGAGCGCGUGGGAGCAUGUGCUGUGUGCCUUCUGGCAGAGGUACCCCAACCCAUACAGUACUCAUGUUUUGACUGAGGACGUGGUUUUUCGGGAAGUGACUCCAGAUAACUGCCUCCUGUCUCGACGCCUCCUUACAAAGACAAAUCGGCUGCCUCGAUGGGCGGAGCGCAUCUUCCCAGGCAACCUGUCACGUUCUGUUUACAUCAUAGAGGACUCAAUCGUCGACCCCAACAACAGACGCCUCACUACUCUAACCUGGAACUUAAACCACUCAAAAUUAAUGAUGGUGGUGGAACGCUGUGUGUUUCAUGGUGAGCGUGAGAGACCAGUGUGGACUCAUCUCACUAGAGAAGCCUGGAUCUCAUCAGGGGUCUUUGGCUUGUCCAGACCAAUACAGGAGUUUGGUUUGUCCAGGUUCAGAAGUAACCAAAUGAAGGCCAUGAAGGGUCUGGAGCAUGCACUUUCUAAAUUGCACAUAUCAGCAGCUCAGAGUCAUCAUGGUGAUGCACCGAAAGACUCUUCUGAGAAGGCCAAGAACAUGACCUCUCCCUCCAGCUCCCAGAAGCCUCAGGAAUACGUCUGACAAACACGGCCUUCAUCUCCUACAAGCCCCCUAACUAAGAGCCUUCAUAUGGCAGGUCAGGUUUGGAGACACAGGCUGUUAGAAAAGUCAUAUGCAAAGGUUUUGUCACAUUAGAUGCUUCUAAGUGAACAUAAGUUAACACACCCUCUUCGGGGACCUUAAAUAUGGCAUCUUGUGCACAGUGUGAUGCACCGGGUUUUAUUUAUUUGAUUAAUUAAACUUACUGGGAAAUAAAUAAAGCAUACAGUCAACUCCAGACUUAUGAGCAGCCUUCAUGGAAAUGAGUUUUUAUACAUACACACCCGCACACUGGCAGUAAGGGAUAUUUGGGUUUUUUACACUGUGGAUUUUUCCUCUAAUUUUCCUAAAAAUCAUCAUUUGAAAACAUAGUUUCUAGUGAAGAGAAUGGAGACAGUGUUCUGUAAUGCUUCACAAGGUUUGAGAACAGUAGUAGAGGCGUCUUGGUCUGCUCCUCCAUGUAUUUCUUGAUAUCUUGGGUUUUCAUUGUGUAUCGCAAUGAUAACAUCAUGAUAAUGCCCAUCUCUAGUUGCAGCCAUUUCUGGGUGGAUUUCGAUGUGUGUUUGGGAUCGUUAUCUUGCUUAGAAGGUCCAUCCACAGCCAGGCUUCAGCAUUCUUGCAGACUUUGGACUCAAGUCUCCAGGUAUUUAGACUUCAUUACACUUCAGACAUAUUAAAAACAAGACAUUCUGUCCUUAACUGACAGAUCGAUGAGUUUACUUCAGGGCAAGACAUUCUGUGUUAGUUUUAACACAGUGUUAAAAUAUUAAUGUGGCAAUUUAACACAUCUUGUGUUACUUUUAACAAAGAUUAUGUUAGAUUCAAGACUGAACUAAACUAUGUAGUGCUGAAACUGUGAUCUUUGAGUUCCUCGUUGCGUCUUGCAUGGGAAGGGGUGUCUGGGUAGGAUGUACUAAAUGCCGACUUCAACUGACUACUCAUUUUUUACAGUCACCUCCUGAUCUGUGCAGGUCGACAACCUUCCGUAUCAUUUGAGUUGGCAUCUCUUUGGGUUUAUUUAUGUAUAUUUAUGACAGGGAUGUUACAUGUGUGUAACUCAGUUGCAGUCUCUGAACAUUUUUUGUUUCCCUGGAGUGCAAACGAGUUCUAGGAGGAACAUUUUUUUUUUUUUUUUUUUUUAUUGUUUUUUUUUUGUUUGUUUGUUUGUUGAAGGAGACAGUAAGUCUUGAGUUGACUGUAAAUGUAAAAUGUUCCAUAACUUGCACAGGCCAUAGUGUGUUUAUUUUUCAAUAUGUUAAAAUUAGGAAAUAAAGAGUAGUUGUGCAUUACAAUGUUCUGGCUCUGUAGAGGAACUACAAAUCAACAAAACAUUUAAUUUGGCCAAGGGUGUCUGAACUUUUGCAUAUGACUGUGAAUGAUUGUCAGGCUAGAGAUACUGUUUGAGUGAAGAUCUUAAGGUAAGUUAUUAGUAAAUUAAGUCUUGUCUAUAUAGGGAAACUGUUUUUAAGUAAGAGCCAUGGUGUUCAGUAGCUGACAGAAGAUCCACAACUUGGUAACGGUUGAUGAAAGGCCCUGUAGAUGUACCAAAGCACUUUGGCAGUCCAUGCUGGGGCUUUGAACGUGCUACUGUGACUGUUAUUUCUCUCUGAUACAACACUGCUUCAGCCUGCCUGCAUGUACCCUAUAGAAGAGUGAAGGCACAUGCCUUUUAUGAAGUUCUUUUCUUGAGCCCAACUUUGUUAGAUAUUCUCAAACAGCAUGUGAAUCAAUCAGAAAAUAAUAAAUAAAUGAUUGGAAAUGAGCUCUUUGGAGUUGCCAGGUUUUUAGGUCCACCUGCCUACACUGACUGGCCAUUUAGUCAGGCAUUCCUACCAUAAAGAUGCACGUUGUAGGUUUACAGUUACAGGUUGUAGCCCAUCUGCACAAUUGAUCACCCCUUAUGUUCCAGUGUCACUGCUGAACUGAGAACAAAAUCUGGUCAGUGGUGUUCCCAUGGUUGUCUUUUUCCAUUGAUUGAUGAGAUAGAGGAUUAAUGAAUUGUGCAGCAACAAAUGGGCUGGACUGGACGCCUACAAAGUGCAUCUAUACGAUAGGAGUUUCUGUUGAAGUAGCCAGCAAGUGUAGCUACAAGGCAGUAGAACCUAAUAAACUGGGAACUCCAUGUAUUUAGCUGUCUAGAAAGCUGUGAAGUUUAACUGUAUUCCGCAUAUGAAUCCUCAGGGACCGAAUGACUUAAGUUUACUUGAAAUGUAACCUGACUCGCAUGACUCAAGUGAGCAUAACACAUCCUAAUAUAAGAACUGAACUAAUUUAUUCAUUCUUUUUAGCUUUUAGUCUCACAAGCAAUAGAUUUUAAUUUUUGCAUCUGGAACACCUUUUCAUUGAGAAGAAAAGUGUGUCCUUUUAAGAAAUGUGGUAAAGAGUUUGGUAAAAAAUGUGAAUUGUUAUAUUUAUUCUUUAUUUCACAAUGAAGGCUAAUAAAUGAUUUAAUACCACCUUUGAACAUGA